CAGAUAGCGAAGCAUGGCCGACCCCAGUAACCCAUUCGCUGCCAUCUUCUCGACACCCGAGGCCGUGGAGCGGCAGGUGAGCUCAGCGGAGCAACAGAGGCGAGACGUUGGCCGCGUGCUCCGGAGGGUCUUCCUGAUCUCGCCGACAGUGUCCGACUCCCCGGGCAGGGUGGAGAGCCGAGCGAGCCGUCCGCGGUAUGUACUAGCCCUGCCGGGGGUGGGCAGAGACCUUCAGCGGUCAGGGACAUCGACUAGUGACCUCGAUCUCGACUCGUUGGCGAAGGGUGUGGCAGAGAGACUUCAGAUGGAUGAUCCGCUGGCCUCUCUUGUCCGGUGUCAGCACGGUAGGAGUAGCGGUCUCUACUCUGAGGCAAGGGCCGUGGAGACGUGUAACCUCACCUACCUGGCCCACAGCUACACCAGAGCCUGCCAGGAAGAGGCUAGCGACAGCAAGAUGGAUGUGGUAGUCCACAGUCACGUACUGGAAGAAUGCAAGAGAGUCGUCGUGGAGAUGUGUGGUGGAGUUUUAAUGCAAAUGGCUCAUUAUGAAAGAUUUGUUGCUAUCUUUAUCCAAUCCAUCAGACAACCAGAUGAUGAAGCCGUGCCGGUAGAGUUCUUUUAUCGGAUUGCAGAGGUUUACCAGAGCGACCCCCAGAAAUUAAAACGUCUGUUUGAGCCGCCGCUGGGGACGGUGACCAGCGCUGUGCCUCCUCUGUCCUACUCCAGCCAAACACUCCAUUACUCUGUGGCCGUGUUGGGAGUCUAUGGUGGAAACCCUGUUCUCGGCAAGGUAAUGGUGAACAGCAUGUACUGGACUCCGCAGGGACCCAACUGCAAUGGAAAGUCUUUCGAGAUGGAAACCGUCCUGGGCUGGGUUUUGAGACCAUCAUCGGUCCCUAACUUUCCUCACAAGCCAUCUGAGCAUUUCCCCUUAGACACGACUCUCCUCCGGAGAGACGUGGUGGAGGAUAUCAGGUUCUCUGUCCAGGCUGAUCAGGACGCCCACAUUGAUCAAAUACACAAGGUUGUUUUUCGUCUCCUGAGGGCAGGGCAAGAGAUCAAGUCGGCAGUUAUCCGCUGGCUGGUCCAGUGUCUGGAGGCUAACAAGGACAGAGGGAAGAUGAUGGCGAGAAUGCAGCCCGUGAUGGACACAUCCACGUCAACAUGUGCCAGUGACGGUUUUUCCUCAAUCUCUGCUGGAUCAUGCUAAAACUGGCUGCCCCGUUUGCAAAACGGGAUGCCCCGCUAAUCCGGUCAAUUGACCCGCUCUACUGCCUGGUGAAGGCCUCGGAGUCAGUCGAUGCUCAACUGGACUUUAGGUCUGAGACAAGAAUGAGUCCCCAGGACCCAGAGGAGGGGGAUCUCCAGCCAGCCAGACCUGAGACGGAGUUCAAUUUCAUCACACAGUGUUUCUUUCUCACUCACAGGACUCUCACUCUAGGGUUAUCUCAGAUUAUGCAGAGGUUUGUAGACCUAUUGGGACUCUAUGAGCGUACCAUGAUGGCUCUACAGAACAUAGCAGCCACCAGUGGACCUGGAGGACUUCUCUAUGACCGGGUCCACACUCAGUUCCUCCUACUCCAUUCCCAGGUCCACGGAUUCAAGACUCACAUGGACAAUCCUAAUCUCCAGGAACUCUGUCUGACAUUUCUGAUUACCACUGCCCGCUGGCUGGUCUGGCUGGCCACUCAGAGAUCACAUGACCCGUUCUCAAAGUCAUGUGACCCAGCCUUAGACUCCCCAGAGUCCCUUUUCCCUCUACCAACAAAGGCUCCACCGCAGAUGAGAGCAGUUCCAGAAUGUCUCGUUGACAACAUUUCCCAUUUCUUCACACGUCUCAGGUAAUUCACUGUCAAAACAGGAGUAAAGAGCGCACAUACAGUACUGUUACAUACGCUACACUGUAUGUAUAUAUAUACCAUGGACCAGGAAGUCAGAGGAGAAAAUCAUGAGCUCUUGUUUGUAGUAAUUUCGUACCCAGCCGCUCCACCCACACGGGGUUAAAGAGCAUUUGACACAAGACCUGGUUUUAUCAUUCGUAG